AUGGGGCCAGUCGAGUACUUCUCACACCAGCAGCACGGCUUCCGACGCCUGGUGUACCCCUUUGAUACUGCCAAGUGGAGGUGCGCAAUGGCAACCAAAUCCCGUAUGCAUAUGCAAGACUAUGUGUUGAUUCAAGAGACAGGCAUCUUUAUCUUCAAUGACGAUACCACAACGACCCUUUCGGCCCAAGUCACCUUCAAACUCCCUUGCGAAAACCCCGAGUCCAUCAUCAGCCCCGACACCACUGGCAACUCCUCCGUCAUUGGCUUCUCUAAUCCUUUCUAUGCCUCAAUAUCACCCCAGAUUUUCGCCCUUGCCACAGCGACCGUCAUCAGCUAUAUCCUCGUCAUCCUCAUUUUCAUUACUCCAAGGACCUUCUAUGUCGGAAGUCCAGGAGGCGGAGGGGGAGCCCGUUUCCUGGGCCGUCGUGGCAUGAUAACAGGAUCGUAUGGAUCGUCGUCCAUCGUUGGCGUGGGACGGAGGCCUCUGCUGCAAAAGAUUGCCACUGUCACCGUGGCAAUCUCCCUCACGAUCGCUACGGCAGACACUUUCCACGUCGCUGAGAAGCAAUAUAACCAGGGCUAUAUUGACUCGAGCCAGCUGGUCGACAACGUGGUAGAUAGUUUGGAAAUUCGCAUCAUCCGAGUCAUCUCAGACACGUUCUUGUGGCUAGCCCAGGUACAAACACUGAUACGGCUGUUCCCACGGCAUAAAGAGAAAGUCACUAUCAAAUGGCUUGGAUUCGCCAUGGUAUCCUUCGACACCAUCUUCAGCAUUUUGGACUCUUUCGUCAGUGGCAACCCAAGGACCCGGCCGAGGAGCUUUUCGGACGCAAUCCCCGCUCUCAAUUAUUUGUUCGAGCUGGCGAUCUCGCUAAUCUACGCAUCCUGUGUGGUGUAUUAUUGUCUUUCUAAAAGGCGUUUUGCAUUUUGGCAUCCGAAGAUGAAAAAUAUCUGCUUGGUGGCGCUCCUGUCACUGGUUUCAGUUGUGAUCCCUGUAGUAUUUUUCAUUCUGGACAUAUCGCAACCAGAUUUGGCGGGAUGGGGUGAAUAUAUUCGGUGGGUCGGUGCUGCAGCUGCAAGUGUGGUUGUUUGGGAAUGGGUCGAGCGAAUUGAAUCGUUGGAGCGAGAUGAAAGAAAGGAUGGCAUUCUUGGGAGGGAGAUUUUUGACGGCGACGAGAUGUUGAACAUGACACCCUCGGAGGAUGCAAGUUGGCGAGGAGAUGAUACCAGACCUGAUCAAGAAGGAGGUGGACGGAAGGGGAUGGCAGAAGGCAUGGCAUCCCGAUAUCAACGCCUUCGUGUCCGGCUUCCGCUGAGAAAGAGGCGGAGGAGGCCUCCUGCGGACGGAAUCGCCACCGGUGCGGACGCAACUGACGCGGGCGGUCAAGCCAAUCCCGACUCACGGUAUGUGAUUCCCCAGCAGGUCAUGAUGCCCCCCAGCAGAAGUGACACGGGGAGCGCCGCUAGCACGGUGUACGCCGUCCGCUAUCACAACUUGUCGAGUCCGUCGCCUAAACCACAGCCCGAACCGCGGUCCCAACCAGAAGGGUCUAUCGGUUUCGAUGUUCCAAAACUGUCUGACGACGCCGGAUCUUCUCCCUCUGACGUCGAAAAGGAGCUCGCAUUGGAGACGGUCCUUCCGAUGCAACCAAGUCGCCAAGGACGAACCAUUUGGCAGGCAAUGCCCAAUCCCUUCAAACGACGGAGAUCAGAGCCCCCAGCAGAAGUGGCUGAUGCACAGAAUGCAAACGGGGUGCGGCGGUCACCAAUCGAUCGCACCCUUAAUCUAAGAGAUCGACUCGGAGCAUUUGCGUCCACGCAAAGAGAGCGGUUUGCUAGUCGAGGAAAUGCACCCGUAGCUGCCUUGCCAGUCACAGUCAUUCCAGCACCGAAAAGUAAUGGUCGGACAUGGUCUCCUGACGAUAUUCGUGACCGGUCAACCGAUGAUGAUUCUGAUCGCAUGGAAACAGCGGAGACUUCGGGUCAGCAGCUAGGAUCUGCUGUGGGACACUUGAAUGCUCCCGACCAGAGCCAGGUGGUUGUUAUUCCAGCUCCUGUAAACGGUCAAACCUGGCUUCCAGAUGAACCGCAUGUCCGCCCUCAGCUCACUCCAGGCCCUCAACGUCCCGACGCUGCCCUCUUCCCAAACUCUUCGUCGAGUCCCAGCGAGGCCAUGCGAGCUCAGCAAACCUACGUCCACCGGGGCUCACUCACCAUCUCUGAACCAGAAGCUAGGACGAGCCGGACGGCAGACCCUUUUCAAACAGGUUUGCCAAGGUCCACAGUGUACGCCCGGCCUCUGGCCAUUGCUCCAAUUGCAGAAGACGCUACAGAUGAAGUGGGCAGUGAAGUACCAGGUCCAGUACAACAUUGCCCAGAGCCGUACGCUCCUCCAGAUCAAGCUCGGAUGGCUGACACUACGGGCGAAUGCGCACGCGCCGAUGUGGCAUCGUCUGCUCGUGAUACUGAUGUCGGGAACUCCUCGUCACCUAUCCACACGGCAGAUCAGCCCCCCAGCGAACAGCUGCGCAGAAGUAUAUCACCAACCCCAGAUAGUAGGGAUGCUGAUGAGAGAGAUACGGGUGGCACGGCAUCAUGA